UUCCCCAACAGCAGCUUAGCUUAGUAGCUUAACUCUUUCUACUGGCGUGGCGCUGCUGGAUGCUUCUGAUCAAUAGGAAGAGGAGGAAAAAAAAGCUUAUGAUGAGCAUCUAUUUGAGUCGAUCAUUUCCAAGAUCUAAUUCCAGUUUUUUCUUAUGUAGUGGAAACGCCUUACAAUCUGAAGUUUUACGCUUAAGGGAAGAAAUGUUCUUGGUGGAUGCAGGACUUGGGACCCCCAGAAUUUGUAUGCAAGAUGAGCCUACAGGAGUCCCAAUCAACCGAGCCACCAGGUUUGAGAAUAAGGUGGGAUCCCUGGAUCUAGUAGCCGGUGAAUCACUGAUCAAAGAGCAGAUUUUGGAGAGAUUCUUCAUCGAUCUAGUGGCCGGUGAAUCACUGAUCAAAGAGCGAGCAGCCGCCAGGUUUAAUGAUUUGGUGGGAUCUACAGAUGUAGUGGCUGGUGAACCGCUUCUUCUUCUUCCACGAAGAUUCAGACAAAACCGAGCUUGGCUGGAACUGAACAAGAUUUGGCGAACGAAUACAAAGGUCAAAGGCUUUAUUAUUGAGAAAGUAAAAGGAGGUUCUUCAGUAGCCAUCGCAGGUUUCAUUACUUUUCUUCCAUUCCGUCGUCGUCAAAGAAGAUCGAAUGAUCGAUUCGCCAUUGAGAGCAUUAACCCCAAAAAGACGAAUAUUGUGGAAUGAUGAAAAAGAUGAAAAAGAUGAAAAAUCGUAAGCGUAAACUAGUAGACAUUUAUGCGACUACCAAGGCGGUUCUCCCUACUAUAGGGAGAGAACCCCAAUCCCC